UUUGUUAUUUUUACACCAUGUUUCUUUUUCUGUGGAUGAGUUUGAUCCAAGCGUCUAACGCCAUCGUUAACUACUCACUUAUAAUGGAGUUUACCAAAAGAGAACUGGCAAACACUUUGAUUAUGUUCAGCUGUGAUGGUUUGGACUACAAGCGACUUGGCCAAAAUUUCGUGGGUUCCAUGCAUCACUUUCAAAUGAAUGCGGAGCGAUUUUACAACGAUCACCAACGGUUCAUGACAGUUGGUCACUAUAGAUUGGCUGUGGUAGCCGAUUUGAGUUGCGAUUAUAGUGGUGAAUUAAUGAAUUUUUGUUCUGAAAAUGAGUACUUUAACGGAUCAUAUCGAUGGUUAUUAUUUUCGGAGUUUAAUAUGAGUAAAACAAUGGAUUCUGUCAGAAAACAGAAUUUGAAUAUCGAUUCUCGUGUAACGAUGGUGGUUGAGACCAUUGAAGAAAAUUUUGAAUUUUAUGAAAUUUUUGGUACAGUACGCCGACGAGGAGGUAGCACACAUGUGAUGAAAGUUGGAUCCAAGACGAAAAAUAGUGGCGUUGUUUGGACCUGCACUACGAACUCAUAUUAUGUGCGAGAUAAUCUUGGAGGAGUGACAUUGCUAGGUGCUGUUGCGACACUUGGAUUUAACAAGCAACUUACCGCCAAGGAAAACAUGCGGUCUUUGCAACCUCCGACAAAUUACAUAGGCUCUCGAAUGUGUUAUCAAAUAGUUCAACUGCUGAAACGUCGGCUCAACUUUCGAACUCAACACUUCAUAGUGCCAGAUUUUGGCUUCGACCUCAUCGGGACCAACUCAUCGAAUGGGGUCGUUGGGAAACUGCAGCAAAACUUGAUAGAUUUGGGAUUUUCUCCAAUGGCUGUUACAAAAGAAAGGCUUGGAGUUUUCGAUCAAACCGUACCGAUUGCUACGGUUAGAAUAACGAUCAUCUUUAGACAUCCCAAAAGUGGGGGAACGCGAAAUCUUUUCUUGCAGCCGUUUGACAAUCAGGUUUGGACCUUAAUUGGUGCAGUUUUGUUGGUAUCAACAGGUAUUUUGUCAGUUAUUCUCUACGUUAAGCAGCGAAACAGUCGUUUCCAUUGCAAGUAUACACUGAUUGUUUUUGGAAUUUUCUGCCUUCAAAGCUAUUCGGGAAGAGUAUCAAUCAUCCCGUCGAGGAUCACGCUUUUCACAGUGAUCCUUUUCUCCGUCCUCUUGUAUCAAUUUUAUUCAUGCUUUAUUAUAGGAUAUUUGUUAGUACUACCACCAAAAAAUAUUCGAACUUUAGAGCAGCUUCUUGCAAGCAAUCUCAAACUUUCUGUUGAAAAUAUUUCAUAUAAUCAUGAUUUUUUAAAGAGAACAAAUGUUGAUGUCAUUCAUGAUUUAUAUGAAAGAAAGGUACUUUCUCAUGAAUUUGGAUUUACAAAUGUCAGUAUGGGAAUAUCUUUGGUCAAAAGAGGUGGAUAUGCCUUUCACUGUGACAAUUCGUAUGGAAAUACUUUUAUCAUGAGAACUUUUUCCGAUCAUGAAAUAUGCGAGUUGCAAGAGAUGAGUCUGUUCCCGCCUCGAGCAGUUAACCUUAACGUACCGAAAGGAAGCCCAUUGAAGGAAAUAUUUCGCGUUACGCUGAGACGACUGCUGGAAAUAGGGCUAGCCGAGUAUUAUCAAAGGAAAUUGUUUAUGAAACGACCACCCUGUCUGAGGCAGAACACUGCCUCCGUGCAGGUUCGGCUUGAAGAUAUUGGGGAUCUCUGUAUUUUGCUGAUGAUUGGUGUUUCUCUUAGUAUUGCAAUUUUAAUGGUAGAAAUAGUUGAAUUUCGCGUGCGAAAGUACUGGGAGAUGAAACAGUUUGCCAAACAUUACACUGGAUGGUUGGAUUAACUAGAAAAAAAUGCAUGAAUUUACUUUGUUUACUAAACCGAAACAAAAGUUCUCCGAUCGAGCUCAAAAUUUUU